GGUUUAGCAUGAGGCUUCGGAAACAGAAGCCAAUCAGAGAGGCUGUUGUUGAAGAGUCAAUCGAUUUGAAACGGUAACGCAAGCAUUUUCUAACAGACGACUAACUUCGGAUACGAAGAAGUGUAUUACCCUGUAGUGGUAUAUAAAACAGAUGUCCUCAGAGGAAGAGGAAAUAACCAGUCCUGUUCUGCCCAAAGACUCAGAUCCGGGAAGUUCUGUGUCUUCUGAGCUUCAGGAUGAGUAUGAGGAGCUCCUCCGCUAUGCUGUGGUCACACCUAAGCUUGAGACACUCACCAGUGCUCGCUUGCAUCAGAUGGGCACCUCACACCUGUCUGCAGAGGGACGGAGUUCCCAGAGAAAUGAUGACACUAAAUCGCAACGCCUAGCAGAUUCUGCCACUGAAGCCGAAGACGGGAGGCAUUCUAGCAGGAGUGUGAGAUCAUCACAAGGUUCCUCCUUGAUUGUUGAGCCCUCCACACAAUCAAGACUCUCUCAUGAUAUGAUGGGUCGGUUAUCUAGCAAGGUGUCAAUGCUCUCAAACGUUCCUUCAGACAGGCUACAGACAGCACCUGAGAGGUCUCGGCCAAACAGCCCUGACCUCUUUGAAUCUACUGUGACAGAGAUGUUUAUCUCAGAGGAGAACAUAAGUAGGAUGGAGAACAUUCUUGACACAUGGAGCAACAACCUGAAGUCCAAUGUGCUGAUGGAGCUACGGAAGUGGAAGCUGGCCUUCAUGGAGCAGCACAAGCUGGAGAUGAGGAAAGAGAGCGAGAGGUAUGCAGCCCAGACAGCUGGCCUGAAGUCAGAGCUAGACAGCCUGAAGGGACUGCUACACACCUAUGAAAUUUCCAACCAGAGAAAAGAUGAGGUAAUUGCAAACCUGAGCCAGGUGUUGGAGAGACAAAAAGAAAAGCUUGAAAAGAUGAGGGCCUUCACCCACUGGAGACUUCAGCACACGGAGGCCAAAGAAGAGGCUCAUGCUGCUCAGGUAGCACAGCAGCACUACAAUCUGCAGCUGAAGAAGAAGGUGUGGUUAGGUUGGCACUCUCUGGUUCAGAAACACUGGAAAGUCAAGGUGGAGCAGGCUUGCCGUGCGAGGGCUGAAGAGGUCUGCGCUUGCCUGUCUACAGAGUAUGAGGCUAAGCUGGCAGAGCACUGUGAGGCUAUAGAAAAGGCCCAUGCAGAGAUCCAGAGACUCCGAUUAGAGCGAGAGCGCUAUGAGGAAUCUAUGAAGAAAGCCUUCAUGAGGGGUGUAUGUGCACUCAACAUGGAGGCUCUCAGCAUGUUCCACACUACAGAGGAACGACCAGAACAACCUCCAGUUCAUGAUCAGCAGCAUGAUCCUCUGCCUCCUCAGGAUGAACCUGGCUCUGCUACACUGGCUCAACUUCAACCACAUUCAAUUUCUUCUGCACGGUUCAGCCCAGUCCACUUUGACCACCUGGACCCUCCCACACACAGUGAAGAGCAUAUGGUGGGCUCUGGUGCCCCCAUGUCCAGGUCAGAAGUUUUCACCCACCCUACAGUGGUGCACAGCUCACUUCCACUUGGGGGCACCGCAGGUUCUCACACACAGGUCAGUGGUCGUGUCAUAACAGCAAGUCAACAAAAACCCUCAAAGACUGUAACCGCUCGCAUUGCUGCACGACCUGAUGUUGGUAAAGCUGCACGUAGCAACCUCCAGGUGAUGGGUGUGGUUCCACCUAUGAGUUCUGUAAUAGUUGAACGCCAUCAUCCUGUUACACAGCUCACCAUCGGUCAGGCCACGGCUGCUAAAUAUUCUCGUUCCUCCCAACAGGGCCAGCGCUCCGCCGGAGGCAAAGGCUCAUCCAGAACACACAGCAGCACGUGCCAUGUACACUCCAUUAAAGUAGUUGACUGACCACACACACACACAUCUUACAUAAAGGGUUGCUUCCCUAAACUAGAUUUAAAAUAUAACACAUCCUAUGAAACAUUCGUAAGAAGACUUAUCUUAACAAUUUCCAGCCCAUUUUAGAUUGAUAUCUUGCUGUCUAUGUUUUAAGCACUUCCUGAGCAAAAGGAUUUUUUUUUUCUUUUCAGGAAAGUACUGCAGGUGUUUAGAAAUGCAUCUGUGAAUGUUUGUAAUUGUUGUUAUCACCUACUUGACAGUUUAGAAUUGCAAAAUGGAUAUUUAUUUCUGUGAAAAAUUAUUUUAAAUUUUGCACAGGUGAGACUGUACUGUUUAAAAUCACAUAUUUUAAAUCUUUCAUUAAUGAUUACUGCUGAAAACCAAGG